AUAAUCCUGUAUGAUUGAUACUUUUUAUAGGAUUCUUUUUUUCCUCUAAAGCAGCCAAAGGAGGAGCUCAAAAUCUAUUUUCCUUUAUUAAAUUUUGCCUUGUAACUUGAAAUUAUGGAUUGUACUUCACUAAAUAUAAUAAGGCAAAUUAUUAUAUGAAUAUGAGAACAAGCAUGCAUAUGGUCUUGGGUUAUUAUGAUACAAAUGAUAAUAAAUUAAGUUAAAGAAUAUAAGUGAAAUAGUGAACACCAAGGGAGAAACAAGGGAAGAAAAGAUGCAGAGGAAGGAUGAUCUGUUUAGUCCAUACAAAAUGAAGAUGAUGAAUGAUCGUCGCCUGAGUCACCGAGUUGUAAUGGCAUCCAUGACUCGGUGUCGGGCAUUGAAUGGAAUCCCAAAUGAAGCCAUGGUUAAGUAUUACUCUCAGCGAGCCACUAAUGGUGGCCUUAUAAUUGCUGAAGGCACUUUCAUAUCUCCUACUGCUCAUGGAUAUCCUGAUUGCCCAGGAAUAUACUUGGAAGAGCAAGUUGAAGCUUGGAAGAAAAUAACUGAUGCUGUUCAUGCCAAAGGGGGUUUUAUAUUCUGUCAGUUGUGGCAUGUUGGCCGUGCCUCACACCAUGUGUACCAACCAGGAGGAGGAGCACCCAUAUCUUCCACAAACCAAACUAUUUCAAGCAGGUGGAAAAUACUCUUACCAGACCGUACACUAGCUGAUUAUUCACAACCCAAGGCCUUGGCUUCUUCCAAGAUUCCACAGAUCAUCGAUCACUACCGACAAGCAGCCAUAAAUGCCAUUCGAGCAGGUUUCGAUGGUACAGAGAUUCAUGCAGCCUACGGAUACCUCAUUGACCAGUUCUUGACUGACGGUAUCAAUGAUAGAAUAGACGAGUAUGGUGGGUCCCUAAAGAACCGAUGCAGGUUCCUGAUGCAAAUUCUCGAUGCAGUGAUCGAAGCAAUUGGGAUAGAAAGAGUCGGACUGAAGAUAUCCCCGACAUUGUAUCACCAAGAUGCCCAUGAUUCAGACCCGCUUGCACUAGGUUUAGCUGUAAUCGAGGGACUGAACAAGGUACAGCAGAAACAAGGGCUUAAACUGUCUCACCUGCAGAUUCAAGCAGGAACAUUUACUGAUGGGAUUACAGAGAAAGAAGCCCAUCUGCUGAGAGAACUCAGGGGACGAUACCAAGGGACAUUUAUGAUUAGUGGAGGAUUCAACAAAGAACUGGGGAUUAAGGCUAUUGCUGAAGGUGCUGCCGAUCUGAUAGCUUAUGGCAGGCUAUUCCUGUCGAACCCAGAUUUGGUUCGUAGGUUUGAAAUUGAUGCACCAUUGAAUUUGUACGAUGUGGCUACAUUCUAUAGCCAUGAUCCUGUCGUGGGUUACACGGAUUACCCAUUUUGGGAUGAAAAUAGUGAAAAUUGAAACUGAUAGAAAGAUAAUUAGUAUCCAAACAGGGUUGUAAGGUAGUGAGUGUCAGAGGAUUAAAGAAACUGUGUUUGACUAAAAUUGUUAGAAUACAUUAAGCAAAUAAGUAGUGUUUGUUAAUUUAUUAGUAUAAUUCCCUACUGAAGAUGAUGCAAUCUACCAAAAAAUUUUCCCAGCUUGUGAGUCCAAAUUCACGUAUAAGUGCUUUGUAAUCAAAGAGACGGAACAAGUUCUGAAUUAA